AUAAAAUUUGGCAAUUUAAAGCCCUGUGCCGUAACGCGAGAAAUAGAACGGACAAGUUUGCGUUUUAUUCGUCUAGGGUUCUUCUAUUUUAUCGAAGAUUGGCGAGUGAGGAGAAGAAUUAUCAACGGCAGGAGCCAUGUACGGAUCGAGGGGGUUUUAUUUUAAUAGCAGAUAAUUAAAGUACACCGAGAAAGCUAGUUAACUGAUGAUACCAGCAACCUAGUCAAUAAUGGUGAUAUUUGGCAAACAUUUCCAGCAUGGAAGAGCUGGUUAAUGUAGAGACUUGAAUUGGAUUACGGCCCUUAAAAUUUAUUUGUUUUCAGUUGAAAGCGUGUGCAAGGUGAUGUGUUUAAAGAAUUAAUGCUAGAAAUAUGAACAAUAUGGAAAUUAAGGGACAAGAUGGAUUCUGUAAAGAAUGUUUAUUAACUCUGUACCUUGACAAGGGUUUUGUGAUAUUUGUACUUGUAAAUGUAGUUACUAUGAUUUUUUAAAUUUCUAUGCUAAAUUUUCUAACCUAUUAAAGAUGUUUUAUAAAAUUGGUAGUAUCAAGUCCAUCCAAAAAACUCGCUGAAGACCCCGAACCUAUGGCACUUAGCUAGUUAGAUAUACAAUAAUGCUUAUGCACUUUGUUGAAUCAAACAAAAGAAAGGGCCCAAUAGCCAAACACUGGUUUCAGACAAAUAAGUUCUGCCUGAAAUUGAACAACAAAUUUAUAAGAAUUGGAAAAUAAGUUGGAAUGAGGGUGAAAAGAAAUGAUAUAGUUUGAUAAUGUUCACAGUAUUAUUCUUACAAGUUUUCUUCUAUCUUCUAUCCAUAUCAGAGCAUAUAAGUGUAAAUUAUAUAGUCUCUGUUUGUCUCACCAGUCAUUAUGUUUUAAAGAUACAAUAAGGCUGUAAAUAGCUGAAAUUAAAGGUGAAUUAUUAAGAUUGAUACGGAUUUAUUACUUUAGUUUAUGUUGUAGUGUAUUAGUUCUACAUGUCCUGCCUUUGUGCAUGUCUUUUGUUCGGUAUUUUGUGUAAAUUUGCCUGAUACUUGGUGCCUUCUCUUCCAUUCAUGUCAUACUCAGAUGAUUUUCUUUGCUUUCUGUUUGUAUUAAAUGGCAUACUGUGAAUGCAAAUAAUGAGGAUGAUGUUAUUUGACUUUGGUUUAUUUUCCCCAUUUAUUUGUGGUCUAUAUAAUAUGCAUGAUCUAUUCUGCCUUUCUACUACUAUCACUUAGAUUAGAAUUUGUUACUGUCCAUUGUGACCAAUUGUGUUUCUGCUUUGCUUUGCUUUGAAAUUAUGAAAAGUAGGAUUAGACAUUAGGUAUCAGGGAAAAGUGGGUUGGGUUUGGUUUAUUAACAGGUUGAGUGGGGAAUUUUUUUCUUUUGGGUUUGGAUAAUUGAAGGGCAAUGUUUGGAAGCGGGGGGGUUUCGGAUGGGUACGUGGUCGGCUCAAAGAGACAAAGAAUGAUGGACUCAAAUCCCUACUUUGCAGUGAGCAGCAACUCAAGUAGCUUUCAACUGUAUGGCUAUGGUGGUGGCUUUCAGCCCCCUUCCUUUCCUGUGGUUCGUCUCAGAGGCUUGCCUUUCCACUGCACUGAUAUUGACAUCUUCAAGUUCUUUGCCGGACUAGACAUAGUGGAUGUGUUGCUGGUCAACAAGAAUGGACGGUUCUCGGGAGAGGCUUUUGUUGUUUUUGCUGGAUACGUGCAGGUUGAUUUUGCUUUACAGAGAGACAGACAAAACAUGGGGCGUAGGUAUGUGGAAGUUUUCAGGUGCAAGAGAGAAGAUUACUACAGUGCUGUGGCUGCAGAGGUGAAUUAUGAAGGAAUUUCUGAUAAUGAUUACCAUGGAAGUCCUACACCAUCUCGUGCAAAGAGAUUCAAUGACAAAGAUCAAAUGGAAUACACUGAGAUUUUAAAGAUGCGCGGCCUCCCAUUUUCUGUAAAGAAAUCUGAAAUUGUUGAAUUCUUUAAGGACUUCAGGCUUAUUGAAGAUAGGAUACACAUUGCAUGCCGCCCUGAUGGGAAAGCUACUGGUGAGGCAUUUGUAGAGUUUGCAUCUGCAGACGAUGCUAGGAGAGCCAUGUGCAAGGACAAGAUGACAAUAGGUACAAGGUAUGUUGAGCUAUUCCCUUCAACAAAAGAUGAAGCUCGACGUGCUGAGUCAAGAUCAAGGCAGUGAAUAAGCAAUGAAGCUGGAAAUUUUGAAGGCUAACUUUUUUUGUUAUUUCUGUAGUUCUUUCAGCUAGUUGUGCAAUUAAGCAUAUGCAACUUUUGCUUUUGUGUGAAACUUACAUUACAUUGUGCCUUAAUAUUGCAUAUGUUUAGGUUAUAUGGAUAGAGUAUUCAUCAAUCUUAUUUGUUUUCCUUUAAAUUUUAGAUGGAGAUAUUGAACUUUUCAUAUUGUUUAUGGAAACAGAAAAAUUAUGUGAAUUUAUAAUAUGUAUUAUUUUAGAUAUUA